UGAAUUGAAUAAUAUAAACAACGAUUUAUUUGAAGUUUAUCUAAAAAUCUAUCAAUCCAUUCAUAUUUUCAACUGAACCUGAAUCAAUUAAUUCAUUUUACACUUUUUUAUUAUAUUUUUAACCUAUCUAAUCUAGUUAAAAUAACUUUUUGCAUUUGUGUUCCAGUUUGAAAAUCAUUAAAACUCCCGCUUUGUUUCAUUAUGCAGCUCCACCUAAACUAAAAUUGGCUCUCUUUUUUGCCAAUGUAGGUUUUUGUCCUAUUAUUUAUUUUCAAAGCGUUAGUCUUUGUCAUCGUCUUCGUGUUAAAGUUUUUUCUUAUUCUUGGAAUGGCUAAUCAUUGCGAAUCCCCUUACCUAGCAUCCAUCGAGAAUCGAAGGAUUGCUAAACCAGUACUAUCCUUUUCUCGACGUCUUUUAAUAAAAGAUGAAAAUGAAGUUAACACCAAUGUUAUUCGUCGUGUAUCGCUUAAAAGAUCUGACACAUCGGCCAUGUCUCCCUCCGUUCUUGGCUUGGCUAAUAAAAAAUGUCGAAUGACCCCUGUGCGACAGUGUGCCAUCAAUAAGAAUGUAGUUAACAUUCCAUCUUCAAUUCCAGUUGCUCAACCUAAAACGGAAAAUGUUGAAAAAUCACCCACCAAACUAAAAGAAAGUGAAGCCAAAAUUAUGAAAGCUGUCCAAAUCUCAGAACAAGAUCCAGAUUUAAUUGGAGAUUUUAGUCAACAAUAUGCUUUACCUGUUUGUCUUGGAAAACAUAGUGAUCUCAAAACAAUUACCCCCGAAACCCUUGCCGCUCUCUUACGUGGACAGUACAAAAACAUUAUCGACAACCACACCAUUAUAGACGGAAGAUAUCCAUAUGAAUUUAAAGGUGGUCAUAUCAUUGGAGCCAAAAAUAUUUACAAUAAAAGUAUGCUGCUAAGUGAACUUUUGGAUAAUCAACAAGAGAACAUUGAUGCAAACAAAGAUGGUAAAAGAAAUCGUCAUAUUUUGAUUUUCCAUUGUGAAUUUUCAUCAGAACGUGGUCCUAGUUUAUUAAGAUUUUUGAGAAACAAAGACCGAGAGUAUAAUCUUUCUCGUUACCCUUGCCUUUUUCAUCCUGAAAUUUACAUAUUGGACGGCGGUUACAAAGCCUUUUACGAAAAAUUCAAGGAACUUUGUGUACCACAAAACUAUUUACCUAUGCUUUCUAAAGAUCACAAAGAAGAAAUGAGACAGUUUCGCAACAAAAAUAAAAGCUCUAAAGCGUAAUCAGCUAGCAAAAUUUUUUCAACUGUGAUGAUUUGGUUUUGAAAUAAAAUAUGAAUGUUGACUCAAUGAAUAACCAAUUUCAA